GCAUAUAAGCAACGCUGGCAACGAUUCCCAGGAUACAGUAAUAAUAUCCAUCGACUGGACAAUACCCAAUCAUACACGUAAUUACCUCCAAUAAGCAAGCUCUAUUUGCUGAUUUAUAAAAUUCAUUCUAAGGAUAUUCCAGUAUUUUUCUUACAUCAACAAAACCAUUGGAAAACUCACGAAUUUUCAAGAUUACGGCUAUUUUUUUAAAGCAAAAGGAUUGUAAAAGAAAUUUGGAUAUCCAAUGAAGAGCCUAGUGAUGCUAGCAGCUUUGCUGCAGGUUUCCCUCAGCAGCUACGUUUCCGUGAGGAUGCCCUACGCCAACCCGGCUGGGGUGACGUAUGUCAAUGGCUACCAGGGUCAUGAGUACCCGUUGGGAUACGCCGCUCAUAGUUACGCAGCACCAGCGGCCCUCCAGUACCAAUAUCCAGGCUAUCGGUAUCCAGCAGCUGUCGCGGGAAAGGUUGAAGCUCAUCAUGUGGGUUACGCGGCUGCUCAAGUGCCCGCUGUGGCUGCUGUGCCUUUUGUCAAACACGUCCCGACGGUAUCCCACGUGCCAGUGACACGGUACGAGGCGCACCCCGCUGUUAUCGAGAAGCAAUUGGAUGUCGUGAAGCCCGCUGUCUCCACACGGAAGUUUGAAGUACGAAGACCAGCGAUUCAGAAACAAUUCUACGACAUUGAAGAGCGUGUAAUCGUCCGGCCCGCCGGAUCGGCAGUAGUAGAACUUGACGAGCCAACAUCAAAACUUCAACGAGGACCGGCAGUGGUACAGCCCAUCGACGUCAGCCACUACUCGGCAGUUUCUCCAGUCACCCAUAAUCUCGUAGCACAAGCGGCGUCUUUUGCUCACGCCCCGUCAUCACCCACCACCAUUCCCUUCGUCGCUCAUGCUCCAGUGCACGUGACUGUGGCACCAGUUAUUUCUCAUGCACCAGUGGCUCAUUACCAGCCCUCUUCCACCGCCGCUCCAGCUUUAGCUGACGAUUCUCAAGGGGAAUCGCAGUCCGAGAGCGAUCAGUCGGUUACUGUGGAGAAUGCCGAUUUUAGGGCUGCAGAGUUCAGGCAGGGACUCUUCAGGGCCGCAAGCGAGGGCGAGAAGGCUGCGUCCAGGGGACAAGAGAAGAUGCAACAGGAGUAUUUCCAGAGCUUAACGAAGUCUCAGGUGAAUUCUCUCAGCAGCCAAUCCCAGACAUCUGACAUUCAAGUGAAAUCCAACGGCGAGCAGUCCUCCCCUCAGCGCUUCCUCGCACACGAUCCCACCCCCAGCCCCUCCGUCAUCCCAAGUCUACGUGGAUCCCCUGAGGAGAACAGGAGCAAUCAGCAGAAGCUCAUCGAUCUCCUCACAGCCCGCGGUGGAGUGGCUGAUGUCGGCUUCGCUCGUGAUGGAUUAUCAUCAUCAUCAAUUGGCAACGCCGGUCACGUCCGUGCUCGUGUUAUAUCCGCAACCCCCGCCCCCGAGUACGCCGAGCCAACUGGUGAGCGUGUAUCAACUCGCCGAAUCGUUGUAAGCAGACCCAUCGAGACCCUCCAGGAAGUCGAUGUCCUCGAGCCAGCGACGAAAUACGAGAGGAUAUCGGUUCAGCAUCCGACUUUAAUUAAAACCGCUCGACUCGAUCACAUUCAAGUACACGGUUCUGUUCCUGUUGUGGGGAAGGCGCUCACCCCCGCCGUCGCUCACGCCGCUGUACCUGUUUAUCAGAAAACAUUCUCGCCCUCUUAUGCCUAUUGAGAAUUCCAAUAAUAUCUGUGGUGUAUCUUGAGUGAUUUUUUUAGACAAUUAAUAAUCAUUGAUAAUUGAUUUUUA